GCGAUGGUCAUAGAACUUGAGCCUGUCAAUUAGUUCUCUGUGUUUUCGCAGUACCAUACCCGAAUGUUUUUUGGUGAACAUGUGAGUCUUCUGCUCAAUUUCAUACUUGUUCCACGUGGACUCCACCUCUUUCUCCAGCCGUGCCACAUGCUCAGUCAACGCGGUCGUGCGCUUCUGCUCCCGUUGCAGCUUCUCCAUCAAAGCCUCUAUUUGGAGCAGCGUGUCGGCAUGUUCUAAUCGUUUUUUUUCCACUUCUGCAAACCGUUUUUCAAGCUUCUCUCUCAGCUUUUCGUUCUCUUUGACUUUGUUCUCUGAAGUUGUCAACAGAGUCUCAACUCUGUCUGUUAUGACUUUAUUCUUCAUCUUUGCGUGCCUUAUGUCCAACUGGUAGUCAAACUCCAUUUUAGCAGUCUUUUUUUGGUGCUUCUCACGAUCCUGUUCACAACGUAGCUCCGCACGUGCUAGUUUCCCUUUUAGUUUUUUGUUUUCGUUUUUAAUUUCCUGGACGCGUUUCUCCAUGUUUUGAAGCUCAACGCGUUGCGUCUCCGUUUUGGCUUGCAGCGCCCGCUCUUUGUCGCGGAACUGCGUGUAAAUCUCAAUCUUCGCCUGCUUGAUGUUUUCCUCAAACUGCUCAGCCUGUGUCGUCAGCAUCGUUUCAUACUUCCCCUCGGACUCUUCCAAAGCAAAGACUCUAUCCUUCAACUUGGCCUCCAGUGCCUUCAAGUCCCCUACCUGGUUCUCCAACUGCCCCAAAUUAAAUAAGGAUUCCAUCAGUCAAGUGUUCAGAACUUCCUUCAGGAUGGAUCUCAAGUUUAAGACGCCGGAAAAAACAACUGUAAUCUGCCACCAAGGCUUCCUUUACAACAUCAGGAUGCCGAGUGGCGGUUCCAGAAGCAAUCCCGUGGUGCUCACCAUUCCGGAGCACGAGCGGAUCCUUGCCAAUGCCAGAGGACCCAAUGCUAUCGAGAGAGAACAGCUGGCUCUGGAUGAAAAGGCUGAGAAAAAGCAGGAAAUCAUCAAUGCUGGCAAGAUUCAGAGAGAUAAAAUAUUGGAAAGGGAUAAGCUGUCCAUGAUACAGGAGUCGGAGAACAGGAAGGCGGCCGAGAAGGAGCUGUACUUGGAGUACCAGUGUCGGCGAGAGAAGGCACAGAUGCAAGGGAGCAUGCAGAUCAUCAAGCUAGACCGCAGGAUUCUCAACAGCAAGAUCCAGGCCGAGCGGGACAAGCAGCUAAAAUGGAAAAAGAGCUGCGAGUCGGUUGAGCACUCCAGAGAGAAGGAAGAGUUUGGGAGGGUUCUGAAGUGUACCCAAGAGGCCCUGGCUCUGGAGGCCCAGAAGAACAAGAACCGGCAGGAGGAGGGCCGUAAGCACCUAGAUGCGAUCAAAAAGCAGGUGAAGGAACGCGAGGAGGCAGCCCAAAUCAAACGUCACAAGACGCUCACUGACUUCAUUCGUACCAAAGCCAAAUGGAUACAGAAGGACAAGUGGCUGAACGAGUUGAAAGCGGAGCGGCUGCAAGAUUUCUACAACUGCGGGAUCCCUGAAGAGUACCGCCUCUAUGUUGGCAAGAAGGCUGCAGAGGAUGGCGUCAACCUCAUGGAUUCCCAGUACCGUACAUUCAAAACGUAUGACAUACUCCCUAGGUGGGUGACGGCUGGGACCGAAGCCAUGAAAGCGCACAUCAAGAGUCAGAAUGUUGAGAAGGAGUUUGGGAAAUAAGAAACAUUAGUACCAAAGAGAUUCUGGAAUUCUGGUACAAACAUGACUUGAGAAUUUGGCAAGUCUGGCACCACACUGCUUUGGUGUAUAGAAACUGAUUCUGGUAUAAUCUUGGAAUUUGGUAAACCUCUAUUAUUUUGAGUCUAUGGAAAAUCUGAUCCUGAGUUUGACUCGUACUGAUACUAAUGUAAUAUCAUUCAAAAUGAAAAGGAUACUCGUUUUGAUUUGUCAGAUCGGCAAGAACAACCGCCUUGGACUGUUGUUUAUGUUUCCCAGGAAAUAGUUGCUUCUUGGA